GAACUCAUGAAAAACCUGGAAGUGCCCGACAAAGGCUACGCGUGGGUGAUCGUAUUUUGCGCCGCCGUCAUCAACACGAUCGUGUCGGGCCUGUCGAGAAUGGUCGGCCUGCUCUAUGUCGCGAUCUUGGAGGAAUACGCAGUGCCGCGCAGAGAAGCAUCUUUGCCUUUCACAGUCAGAAAUGCCAUCCGUCAUCUAACAGGACCCUUGGUAGGGGUGCUAGGACAGAAAUACGGCAUCCGAUCUGUCACGUUUGUCGGAGGCCUCAUUGCAGCGGCCGGUUCCAUCUUCAGCGCCUUCGCUCCCAGCGUCACGUGGAUUGUAAUCCUCUGGGGAGGAAUACACGGUAUUGGUUUCUCCAUGAGCAACACCCUAUUUCAAGUAGUAGUGAACCAAUACUUCGAGCAUCACCGUGCCACUGCUUCGGGUAUUGUUUUAUCCGGGGCAUGCCUGGGAAGCCUGUUCUAUCCCUUCAUGAUUGGAGCCAUGCUGGACGCAUACGGGCUUUUCGGUUGCUUCUUGCUGCUAGGAGGGCUUUUCCUCAACAUCUUGCCACCAUCACUCGGGCUUAAGCCUCCGAUCUGGGUACGAGACCCUGAAGGCUACGCGCGGAAAAGAGCAAACGGUUCUGCUGCAGUGAGAAUGAGAAUUGUAAAACAUGCGUCUGCGCAGCUAAUUCCUCUUCAGUGUCUUUCUACAGACCAUUUAUGA